CUCCCCAAAACAAGCGCAAAGAUGCUCAUUCAAGCUCUCUAUAAAUAGGCUUGACUUCUGCCGCUCCUCCUUUACUAGAACUGGAAGACACCGCCGUUCCGCGAUUCCCCCAGAUCCUACCGGGAAGUCGGUCGCUUUAGAGGUGCGUUAUAUAACAGGUGCAUCCUGGAGUGAUCGUGAAGCGGAACUUGCGCGCAAUGGUGAUAUAAACCGACGCGCCAAACGCAACUCUAAAACCCAGCCAUGUUUCCUCUGCCGCUGUUCACACCUGAGCAGGUGGCUCGAGUCUGCGAGAACCUGGAGGAGACUGGAGAUAUGGAGCGCUUGGGGCGCUUCCUCUGGUCGCUGCCCGCCGCGGUGCCCGGUUCCGCCGGAGAGCUGCUCAACCGGCACGAGUCGGUGAUGCGGGCGCGCGCUCUCGUCGCCUUCCACGGCGGGAACUUCGAGGCUCUCUAUCAGAUCCUGCAGAGCCACCGCUUCACCCGGGAGUCCCACGCCAAGCUGCAGGACCUGUGGCUGGACGCGCAUUACCGCGAGGCGGAGCGCCUGCGGGGGAGGCCCCUGGGGCCCGUGGAGAAGUACCGCAUCCGGAAGAAGUUCCCCCUUCCUCGGACCAUCUGGGACGGAGAGCAGAAGACGCACUGCUUUAAGGAGCGCACCCGUAGUCUCCUGAGGGAGUGGUACCUGCAGGACCCCUAUCCAAACCCCUCCAGAAAGCGUCAUCUGGCUCAGGCCACGGGGCUCACACCCACUCAGGUGGGCAACUGGUUCAAAAACAGAAGACAGCGGGACAGAGCGGCGUCUGCUAAAAACAGGUUGCAGCAAGAUUCCUCCCUUCAUCCCUCGGGAAGCUCUCCUGAAUGUUCCUCGGAGCACAACACACACCUGCAGGGCUCCUCACCGCAUCGUCCCGGGAGCCCGGGGGAGAACAGCGACUGCAGCUCGGGCACGGGGCCGCGGGGGACCGGGGCCUCCACCCCAGACAUAUCCAUCAGCAGCGACAGCGACUUUGAGUCGUGAAGAACGCCUGCA